CUGAACUUUAUACUAAAAUGAUAACUCCAUGGAUAUCUUUUUUUCAGUUUGGUUGUUUACUUUGAUCCGUGAAGUUUUCUAUUAACAUAGAUUACAAGCUUCAAUCUUUGAUUGCUCUGUUUUUUCCAUUUUGCCCUUCAUUUCCAGCUGCAAUGUCUAAGAACAAUCAUUUGAUCCAACCCGAAUCCGAAAAUCCUCAGAUCGAUAAUCGGGCGCCGGAAAACGGGUCACCGGAUGUUUACACCGCUACAACUGGCGGUGGGGCAUCGUGCGAGCAUUUAUCGGAGCUCCGAUCCAGAGUCGGGUCAAAUCCGUUUCGUAACUUCCCGGACUGUGUGAAGGUCCGUCCAUUGGGGCGGGCCUCUAUUCGGAGGGAUCCGCCCCAGGCGUUGGUUCGGUGCGGCGUGUGUCGACAAGCGCCGCACCGUCUUUAUACUUGCGUCACGUGCGCGGCAGUGUUCUGUCACGUGCACGUGGCGUCGCAUCCUGCGGAUGUGGAUGUGGAUGAUUCUGAUCGUUCACUGCAUUACAUUGCUGUGGAUAUCGACCGUGCUGAGCUAUUCUGCUGUGGGUGUAGGGACCAGGUGUACGACCGCGAUUUCGAUGCCGCGGUGGUACUGGCGCAAACGGAGGCUGCUGUGAUUGGAUCAAUGCAAGAAACUCCAUUGCUGCCGGUGGAGAGUACCAGAAAGAGGCGGCGGGUGGAGUAUAAGCCAUGGACCCCUGAUGUGAAUGAACAAGUUUUGAUUGUUGGGAAUUCGAAUCCAUUUCCAAGUCAAAUGAACAAUGAUUCAACAACCCCAGAAGUACAAUGGGGUUUGAGGGGACUUAACAAUCUUGGAAACACUUGUUUUAUGAACUCAGUACUUCAAGCAUUGCUUCAUACACCACCAUUGAGGAAUUACUUUCUAAGUGAUAAACAUAAUAGAUAUUUUUGCCAACGAAAGAAUAGUACUAUCGUAACAAGAAGUAGUGAUAAGACAAACAAGAACCCUGUGUUGUGUUUGGCUUGUGAUUUGGAUGCAGUGUUUUCUGCGGUUUUCUCUGGCAAUCAGACCCCUAUUAGUCCAGCAAAGUUCCUCUACAGCUGGUGGAAGCAUGCAUCAAAUCUUGCAAGUUAUGAACAGCAGGAUGCUCAUGAGUUUUUCAUUUCCGUGCUUGAUGGGAUUCAUGAAACAAUGCAGAAUGAUAAGGGGAAGGGCCCAAGUCCAGGCAGCGGAGACUGUUGCAUUGCUCACAGAGUAUUUUCUGGAAUCUUGCGGUCUGAUGUCAUGUGUACAGCUUGUGGCUUCACAUCUACUACAUAUGAUCCAUGCAUCGACAUCUCCUUGGACUUGGAACUGAGCCAGGGGACUUCAGCAAAGGUAACAUCAAAGAAGUCUCAUAAAUCUCACAAGAAAAAAGAAGCAGAACCCGGAAAGUCUAGCCAAAAUGGUCGACUUUCUACGUUGAUAGGAUGUUUAGAUCACUUUACAAGACCUGAGAAAUUGGGUUCUGAUCAAAAGUUCUUCUGCCAACAUUGUCAAGUGAGACAGGAAUCUCUUAAACAGAUGUCCAUAAGAAAACUGCCUCUGGUUUCUUGCUUCCAUAUCAAAAGGUUUGAGCAUUCCAUGAUCAAGAAAAUGUCGAGGAAGGUUGAUCACUACCUACAGUUUCCUUUUUCAUUGGACAUGUCGCCUUACCUCUCUUCGUCUAUCUUGAGGAGUCGAUUUGGAAAUAGAAUCUUCUCCUUUGAAGGGGACGAGCAAGACACAUCCUGUGAAUCAUCCUCGGAAUUUGAGUUGUUUGCUGUCAUCACCCAUACCGGUAAACUUGAUGCUGGUCAUUACGUAACAUAUCUGAGGUUAAGUAAUCAAUGGUACAAAUGCGAUGAUGCUUGGAUCACUCAGGUGAGUGAGAACAUCGUUAGAGCUGCACAAGGAUACAUGAUGUUCUAUGUGCAGAAAAUGCUUUACUACAAGGCUAGUGAAAAACAGGUUAGCUAGAAGGAAACUCACUACUCGCGAAGUACCAAUGCAGCAACGCCAGAUUGAAAUCACCCGUAAGCUCGCGAUAUGUAGACAUUUUUUGCUCUACAGUGGUAGUGGUGGUGGUGGUGCUGCUGCUGCUGCUUUGAGUUUUCAAUUCUCAGUUGGAGUGUAAUCUUAGCCUGAAUUUUAAAAAGGCACACAUACUCUCCUACAUUCAGGAAAUUUUGGCAACAAAAAAUAUUAUCCCUUGCAAAAGAGAUAAUUAGUGUAACCUUUCUAUUUUUUUGUGGCUAACCAUAGAUAAAUAAUAGUAUUAGCAACUUCAAAUGAGAAGGAACAUGUUUCUUCUUUCAUGUCUUUUUUCUUGGAUAUUCAAGUUUCAAUGUUUUUGGAUAGA